AGUGGCUUUUCAUCUGCUUUUAUUGUGUGUUUGCUUUACGGUUCUCUUUGUCCAGUUGUUGGCGAGUGGAGUUGCGUUUUUACGUCGAAACUCUAGUUUCGCAGCACUAACCGUAAUGAGCUGCUCGUGUGUGUAUGUGUUUGGGGUGCGCGUGUGAGUGUGUCCUUUUAAUACUGGAAUUCACUCCCGUGUUAGUUUUAGGGCAACUUGCACCUCUGGUGUAUGUUUUAAAAGAAUAGUAGUGUUUUGUAAACUUUUUAAUCCAGAGAAAAGCAGUUUAACGAUGACCUCGUGUAUAUAUUUAAGGAUUUAAUGUUGUGACGUCACAGCACCUCCGAGUAGAUGCUUGAGGAACUUGAAGUCUCAUAACAAACAAGUGGAGAAAGUGUGUGUAUAUAUAUUUUUUAAACCCACUAUUUUAAAUGUGAAUGAAAGAUAUCUAAAGUUACGGUCUAUUUUCACUCUGGAUGAUGUUUUUAUUCAAGGCUGAGGGCCUCUCUGGAUGGAAAGAUGGAAGCAGAGAGACAGUGGUGGAAAAGCCAGCUUGCUUCAGAUAUCCAUCAGGCUCUGCGAAUUAAGGAGCUGAAGUUACCUACAUACCAUGGUCAUUCGCCGCAGAUUGGAAUGAGGCGCUACUUUGCCGACCUGCUCGCCGUCCUCAGUAAUCGCUACCAGUUGUGUCCCACGGCACGCCACCUGGCUGUCUACCUGCUCGACCUCUUCAUGGACCAUUAUGACGUAGCCGUGAGACAACUUUACGUCAUCGCCCUUUCCUGCCUUCUCCUAGCCAGUAAAUUUGAGGAGAAGGAGGACCGUGUGCCUAAGCUGGAGCAGCUGAACACGCUGGGCUUCAUGUGCAGCCUCAACCUGGCCCUGAAUAAGCGUGACCUCAUCAAAAUGGAAUUGCUGCUGCUGGAGACCUUUGGCUGGAACCUGUGCAUGCCCACGCCAGCCCACUUUAUCGACUACUACCUCCACGCUGCCGUGCAGGAGGGUGACCUGUACAAUGGCUGGCCCUUGACCUCGCUGUCCAAGACCAAAGCCUUCAUGGACAAAUACACACACUACUUCCUGGAGAUUUCCCUGCAAGAUCACGCCUUCUUGAGCUUCAGACCCUCACAGGUGGCAGCCGCCUGCAUCGCAGCCUCUCGCAUUUGCCUGCAGAUUUCACCGAGCUGGACCACCGUGCUCCACCUGCUCACAGGAUAUUCCUGGGACCACCUGACCCAGUGCAUCCAGCUCAUGCUGCUUGCGCAUGAUAAUGACGUGAAAGAAGCCAACAAGUCCAAGUCGUCACCUUCAUCCAAUCAGAGUGCACAACCCCAGGCUCAUGCCUCACCCGGCCCUGCUCCCUCAGCCCUGCAAAGACACCCUGCAUCCACCUCACAGCAGCUACUGCUCCAGACUGGCAGCUACCCGCCGCUCACACAGCACUCCCCUGCUCUGGCACAGCUGCACAUGCUGGCUGAGUGCCAGGCCAUGGGUGCAGUGAGCACACGAGAAUAUCUCCAGCCGCACCAGGCUAGCCUGCUCUCUUCCUCUAUGCCGACCACAUCGUUCCCGUCUUUCCCCAGUCUGGCGUCUGGGCUGUGUGGCUUACCCUUGCAGGGACCCCUCUCCAUGCAGGUUAGCAUGGCGGCAGAACCGCGACCCUGUGUGGGCCUGGCUUACGCAAAUAGCUACCUUGGCUCACACCACGGCUUCGCAGCCGGAUGUUUCGACAGGUGACGCCAGGAGAGGGAGGGCAGACAGAA